AUAAUCAGUGUCGACAAUGGCCAUUGAAACCUAAAGGACUCGUACAAAAAAUAUUUUUCGAUAUUUUUAGUGUUUUAGUGUGAUUUUAAGUGGAAAUAAGUAGAAACCUUUGUGUUUCACAUGACAAAAUUGACAGUAAUGUAACUAAUUGAUAGGCAAAGAUCUUUUAGAAGUGCGGCACUCCAAAAGAACAUUGGCUUAAGUGCACGACACAAUUAUCUUGUGUUGAUCUUAACAAAAAAAACGAUAAAACAAUGUGCAUAAAGACGUUUUUUGUUUGAUAAUGUUUUGUUUAACAAAAAUCCUAAUACACCUGAACCGGCUUUAGUAUUCAUCUCCAGGCAUGAUAAAAUAAAGGAUAAGAAGAAAGGAGAUGAGCCAUAAUAUUGCAGGCAUGCCACCCUUUGCAAGGAUGCCACUCGGUGGUAUGGGGAUGGGAGUAGGCAUGGGACCAAAUGGUCCGCAUCCUGAUUCUAAUGCUCAUCCUCAUCCUCCACCACCACCUCCAGCUGGUGCAAAUCCAAAAAAGAAAAGGAGAACUAAUGCUAAUGUAGCUCCCCCAGCACCUCAGCCACCUCCAACAGUGCAGGAUUUAUUGCCACCCCCUUUAUCAGGCUAUGGUGAUACGAUAGUAGCGAGUAAUCCUUUUGAUGAUACGCCACCUCAAAGUACACAAAAUACAAUGAUGCAUGGUGGACCUCCACACAUGCAUGGAGGUCAUCCACAUCAUCCGCAUCAUAUGGGAGGUCCACCAAUGAGAGGUAUGAGUCCAUUAACAUCAAUGGGUGGUAUGAGUCCUAUGAUGCCUCAUAAUAUGGGAAACAUGAGUCCAAUGGGAAAUUCACCGAUGGGAAAUCACAUAAAUCAUAUGGGAGGAAUGUCUCCAAUGAAUCACGCGCCAAUUGGAGGAAUGAGUCCAAUGAAUAAUAUGGGAUCUAAUAUGCCACCUGGACCAAUGAACACUAUGAACAAUCAUAUGAAUAUGAGUCACAUGGGUAACACUCAAAUGAGUGGUCCACCAAUGGGUAGUCCUAUGAAUAGUAUGAACAGUGGACCAAUGGGAAGUCCAAUGAAUAAUAUGGGACAUAGUAUGGGCAGUCCUAUGGGUGGACCAUUAGGAUCUCCGAUGAAUAGUAUCGGUGGUAAUAAUCAUAAUCAUAUGCCUAAUGGACCAAUGAAUAUUAACAAUAUGAAUAGUCAUAUGCCGCCUAAUAGUCCACUGAGUGGUCCACCUAUGAAUAAUGUUAAUAGCCCACUAAAUCAUAAUGGUUCUCAACCUCACCCAAAUCAUAUGGCCAACAACCUCAGUAAUUUAGGAAGACCUAUGAAUGGUCCCAUGACCACAAUGAGUUCUAUGGUACCUAAUAAUAUGAAUAUGUCUGGUCCUAACACUAUGAAUAAUAUGAACAUGGCUGGACCACAAAUGAAUAAUAUGUCAAAUAUGAAUAUGCCUCAUCCAAAUCAGAUGGGGCAUAUGGGAGGUCCCGUGGGUUCAAUGUCAAAUAAUAUGUCAGGAGGACCACCGAUGGGACAUCCUAUGAAUAUGGGUGGCAAUAUUCCCUCACAUGGAUUCCAAGGACCUCCGGGAUUGUGUGCUAAACCUAUGCCUGUUUCGACGGGAAAGAUUUAUCCUCCUGAUCAACCUAUGGUUUUCAACUCUCAAAAUCCAAACGCACCACCAAUAUAUCCAUGUGGAAUUUGUCACAAAGAAGUUCACGACAAUGACCAGGGCAUUUUAUGUGAAUCAGGUUGUAAUUUCUGGUUUCACAGAGGAUGUUCGGGAUUAUCAGAAGCAGCCUUCCAAUUAUUAACGCAAGAAGUUUACGCGGAAUGGGUGUGUGAUAAGUGUUUACAAUCGAAAAGCAUACCUCUGGUCAAAUUUAAGCCAUAACAUCUUUCGGUCCGUUAUUUUAGUGAUUUGCAAUUAAUACUUUGUUAAAGUUUAUAUUUUAUAAAUAAUACACACAUGCAGUACGAAAACGUGAAAUAUCGCACUCAUGCGAAUGGAAAAUGGACUCACUGUUUGUUAAUGACUUUUUAGCUUUAACUUGUUGAAAACUUAGGAUAUCACUGUAAGAAACAGAAUGUUACAAAGUGAGAGAGAGAGAGAGAUAAGAUGGCUCAAAAAUUAUUGAUGCGUUUUAUCUAUUCAAACAUUAUUUCUUUUAAGAAAAAAAGUCUAUCAAUAUAUAUGAAUAGAUUUUUUAUUUUAGUAGA